UCACGCUCCUGCUGCCCGGCCCGACAUGAGUGAAGCGGGUCGGGUGCCGUCGCCCGCCGCUCAGCCGGCAGUGGCGGCGGCCGCGCCGGAGGAAAAGAAAGGAAAAGAACCGGAGCGCGAGAAGCUGCCGCCCAUCGCGUCCGCCGGGGCCGGCGCGGCUGCGGGUUUGGACAGAGGAGCCAAAGGCCAAAUUUCCACUUUCAGCAGUUUUGUUUCAACGGUCAGCCAGAAGAAAGAAGCCACUGAGAACAGAAGUUCACCUACACAUCUUGUUUUCCCUAACAUCAAGAAUGUGAGAGACCUACCACCAAUUUGCCUUGAUGUUAGACAAAAACAGCGUCUAUCUCUAGAUGCAUUACCAUCUGAAAUGAAGGCCCCAGCCCUUCCAGAACCCACCCUUCCUAUCCAAUCCAAAACUAUGAAAGACUUCCAGGAAGAUAUAGAAAAAGUUAAGUCAUCAGGUGACUGGAAAGCAGUACAUGAUUUUUAUCUAACAACAUUUGAUUCUUUCCCAGAAUUAAAUGCUGCAUUUAAGAAAGAUGCCACUGCCCCAUUUAAUAGUAUUGAAGACUCUGGGAUUAAUGCUAAAUUUGUGAAUGCAGUGUAUGAUGCCUUACUUAACACUCCUCAAGACAUUCAGAAAACAGUGUUAAAGGGAAUCAUUAACAGCCUGUUGCGAGAAUGGAAAGGUCCACGAACAAAAGAUGAUCUUAGAGCAUACUUCAUACUUUUACAGAAUCCUCAAUUUAAUAACACAUCUACAUAUGUCAUCUAUGCUCACUUGCUACGACAGACAGCUGCCUUAGUGGAAGCUGACCACCAUUUCCUAGUUCACUGGUUUAAAAAAUUAUCCCAGAAGAGAUUCAAACAAUUGGUAGAGAGAUUGCUGCAAUUUAUUUCUUUACGCCUGUUUCCUGCAAAGCCUGAAGAAUUUCCACCUAUAACAAAGUGUUCCUGGUGGAUUCCAUCAGCAUCUAAAGUGUUGGCUUUACUUAAUACUGCAAACAAUUUGGUUCACCCUCCCCUUGUUCCUUAUACUGAUUUCUAUAACUCUACUUUGGAUCACAUUGAUCUCAUGGAAGAAUAUCAUACUUGGCAGAGCUUUGGAAACUCUCACAGGUUUUCCUUCUGUCAAUACCCAUUCGUUAUUUCUAUAGCUGCAAAAAAAAUCAUUAUUCAAAGAGACUCAGAACAACAGAUGAUAAGCAUCGCAAGGCAAAGUCUGGUGGAUAAAGUAUCUCGAAGACAGAGACCUGAUAUGAAUAUGUUAUUUCUAAAUAUGAAAGUAAGGCGGACACAUCUGGUUAGCGAUUCACUUGAUGAGUUAACCCGGAAAAGAGCAGACUUGAAAAAGAAGUUGAAAGUUACAUUUGUUGGGGAAGCUGGUUUGGAUAUGGGUGGCUUGACUAAAGAAUGGUUCCUUCUUCUCAUUCGCCAGAUUUUUCAUCCAGAUUAUGGCAUGUUUACAUAUCACAAAGACUCUCACUGCCAUUGGUUUAGCAGCUUUAAAUGUGAUAACUAUUCUGAAUUCCGAUUGGUUGGAAUUCUUAUGGGACUAGCUGUUUAUAACAGCAUCACUUUGGAUAUUCGCUUUCCUCCCUGCUGUUACAAGAAACUAUUGAGCCCUCCCGUUGUUCCAAGUGAUCAAAAUAUACCAGUAGGCAUCUGCAGUGUUACCAUUGAUGACUUAUACCAAAUUAUGCCUGAAUUGGCCCAUGGGUUAAGUGAACUCUUAUCAUAUGAAGGCAAUGUUGAAGAAGAUUUCUAUUCAACAUUCCAGGUGUUUCAAGAAGAAUUUGGAAUAAUUAAAUCCUAUAAUUUAAAGCCAAGUGGUGAUAAAAUCACAGUUACCAAUCAAAACAGGAAAGAGUAUGUACAGCUUUAUACGGACUUCCUUCUCAACAAAUCUAUCUAUAAGCAGUUUGCUGCUUUUUACUAUGGGUUUCAUAGCGUUUGUGCUUCAAAUGCUCUAAUGCUGCUUCGUCCAGAGGAAGUUGAAAUUCUUGUCUGUGGAAGUCCUGAACUGGAUAUGCAUGCUCUGCAGAGAAGUACUCAGUACGACGGCUACGCAAAAACAGACCUAACCAUAAGAUACUUUUGGGAUGUUGUGCUUGGAUUUCCUCUCGAUCUUCAGAAGAAGUUACUUCAUUUUACUACAGGAAGUGACAGAGUACCUGUAGGAGGAAUGGCAGAUUUGAACUUCAAAAUUUCAAAAAAUGAGACUUCUACUAACUGGUUACCUGUGGCUCACACCUGCUUCAAUCAACUUUGCCUCCCCCCCUACAAGAGCAAAAAAGACCUGAAACAGAAACUCAUCAUUGGAAUUUCAAAUGCAGAAGGUUUUGGACUUGAGUAAUUUAGACUUGAAGUACAACAUUUUAUAUGUAGCAUUCACUUCCCUCUUCUUGUGCCUUUAACCUUUUCAUGUUUCUGUCUGAAAACACUUCCACGAAGCUCACCAACUUUAAAAUACUGAGUUUUUAAAAUCAAAUAUGAAGUAUGUUCAGCAAAGGCAUGCUUUUCUAAAAACACGAAAAUGUCUUGGGUCAUGACCACAUGGCAGGAACAAGUGUGGGUCCAGUCCCUCUUUUUUAUCGCACUUGAUCAUUCUCCUUAAGUAGUUUGUCACAGGUUUCCCACUGGGAAAGCAGAGGACGGCCAAGAAGGCACUUGCGGCACAGGUGAGCCCAGUGGCAGACCGUGUGCUGCUGAGCACACUGUAGCAAAACAGACAGCAGCGUUAUCUUCAGCAUAAGGCAUGUAGCCAUAUUUUCAUAUAAAGGUAAACAACAGUAUAAUUGCAAAUGCAAUUUACAGGGUUUUUUGAUAUACUGGCUUUGGUCCUAUAAGAUUCUUUUCAAUUGUUGCUGAAAAGCAUGUAAAUAACUACAUAAUCGCUUGAGAACAAUGGGAUUUUGAUAGUGCCAUUUAUUGCUAAAGAUUUAUUUUUACAAAGUAAAUUCAGGGUUUUAGAUGUGUAUACAGCUUUUACAAAUCAAUAAAGACGAUUGUACAAGAAUAUUUUCAGACUAAUUGGAUUCCAGGUUAUAUUCUUUUAAGUAUUAUUGUUAGUCUGCAUGCACAUUGGUAGUCCACUAGUUACGUGGGUACUCCAUGGUGUUUAUAUAAUGAUCAUUUCUCCUUAAGGAUCAAGAGAUUAGAAAAGAAAUCAGGUGUAACUAAUUAUUGGUGAAUUACGUCAAUUACAAGCACAAAAGCAAAGAACUGAUUUUAUAUAUAUCUAUUUUGAUUGAUGUACAAGACUUAUAUCUACACUUUUUGAUUACCAGUUGUACUGAAACAACAGUUUUUGGAAAAGAUAAGGUAUUUGACAAAAGUGAAUACAGUAAUAACAUUUGUGUCAAAAUGAUAGAGCUUGGUAUAAAAAUGUAGUUCAACAUUUUGGCCAAAAUGUUUGUCUUUCACUGGAUUCCGAAUGCACUAAUUCAGAAGUACCCUUUAAACAUUUUUUCUAACAGAGUAGCAUGUAAAAUGAAACCACAUUUAAGUCAGACAGUAUGGAGUGCUUUUUAAUUACAGCAUCUGAAGCAGUUUUAUUAGCAUGUUACAGAUAUUUCCAAUAUUUCUCUAUAUAAUAGCUUUCCUUCAGAAGACUCUGAAGUUGUAUUUGCAAUAAUAAUGAAACCAGCACUUAGUACCAGCAUAUGAUUCAUAUGCAAAUAAUACUUUCCCAGAAUUUUUUCUGAGUUAGGCGUUUUUCUUGUUGCUAUGCUUCCUGCACCCAACCAGCAGAAUUCUUCAGGGGUGGGGGAAGUCAUCGUUUAUUCUCCUGGGGUUCUGAAGGCAGCCCACAGGUCUGAGCAAAGGAGUUCCUCAUUUACUGCUCUUUGAGAUGGAAGCGACUGCUUUUCUGUUUGAUUAUUUAAAGGAUAUUUCUUCUUAGAAAUCUUGGAAAAUCUAAGAGACUUACUGCAUAUUGCUUUUGUUUUGCUCUGUUUUUAAUUCAUAUGCAAAUAAAACUGCUUCUCACACUGCUUGAACUGGAAAGUAAGAUGUUUAAUGUAGGUUAUUGCUAAGAAGCACAAAGAAUCAUGUGUAAGAAACCAGAUUUAAGUGUUUUCAGUAAAAUGUAAACAAAGUUUUUAUUUGGUAGAGAUGACUCAUGGAAAAAUUGUGUCAGCUUGGUCUGCAUGUUUAAUGAUGUGCUUGUAUAUCGAUAGCUAUGUCACUCUUAAAUAAGAAGUACACAGCAAGCCAAAUGUUUUCAUGACAAAGUCCAUAAAUAACUGGAGAAUUUUUGUUAUCUGUUCUUAUCAAGUUGAAAUUUAUAACUAUUUAUCACUAAAUUGCACAUUGCCUUUAUUUAUUUAUGCUCUGUUUUUGGUUUACAGUGUAAUGAUACCUCAUUUAAAAAGUAAA